AUGAACUCCAUGUUCCGGUGGUACCAGCGUGCGACGAAAUGCUACGUGUAUCUCGCGGACGUGUCAGUCGGCGAGCAGCAGGUAGCGAUGGACUUCACGUUCCGGUGGUACCAGCGUGCGACGGAGUGCUACGCGUAUCUUGCAGGCGUAUCGACCGGCAUCUCUAUUGAGGCGCUGCAAGGCAAACGAUUGUCCAGCUUCAGUAAGCAAGAGCGGUUUUCCUGGAUGGAACGUCGCACGACCAAGUACGAAGAGGACAAAGUAUACGCGCUUCUAGGCAUCUUUGAGGUCGAGCUGGUUAUCCAGUACGGACAAGGAUGGGCUAGCGCAAUGGAGAAGCUGGAAGAGGCCAUCAGUGUCCAAACUGAUGUUAUGCGAGACCUGCGAGUCACACAUCCGUGGGAAGUCAUGGUUAUCAUGGUGUCAACGUUAACGGGCGUUUUGAGCAGGUCAUGGUAACACGGUUCUCUUUUGCUGCCGUGGACAGAC